UGUGCAUUGGAACAUCUACAAAUAUCCCUCAACCAAUGACGCAUGAACUGUGACCUUGUAUGAGCUAAGGUGCCAUAGGUAAACCACCGGGCGUUUGUUCACGAAUGUACACAGGGAAAAGUUUCAUUCUGUAUCCCUCAGUGUAGUGAUCUCGGUCAGGUGUAAGUCAGUUUCAAAGUGGUGAUCGAGUGCGUUAUGGCAAUUAUAUCAUUUACUGUUGAUUUAAUCAGUCAGGUGCACCGGCAUCAUACUUAGCAAUAGUCAGAUUGUACACCAUUGUCAUGCAAUGAGCAUUAAUUGUGCUAAGAAAAAGGACCCUUCAGAGCUGGGUGUUAUGACGGGCGAGAAAAAACACCGCAAGAAGAAAAAUAUAAAAAAGAAAGUGCGCGCCAGGCCUCUUGGAAGUGCAGAGGUCAGCAGUGAUAUUACUGUGUUGGGUAAAGAGAUAUCUGUAACACCUACAUGUAUCCCUGCCAGUUUGACCCCGUCAUAUUUGUCAACAUCAACAAAUGUGAGAAAACGAAUCUGUCAGUUAAACGUAAGAGCAACAUCAGUGAAUCAUGUGCGGCUAAAACAUAUCACAUUGUCAUCAUCUCAAUCUCUUUGGGACGUCUCCCAUAAUGAUGUUUCAUGUAAGACGAAGUCAGGCCAGAACAGUUUAGUUGGUAAGCAAGGGUAUAAUACUGCAGCAAGUGACCAUGUGCAAUCUUGUUCAGUUCAACCUUUGAACAUAAAGGGGGGCAAGAAACCAGUAGUCCCUCUGUUAACUGCUAUCAGACCUGAAAAUGAGAAAUCAGAAAAAGAACGCUUCUUCCAGGCCAGAUUUUGCUACAACCCAGUGUUUGUAUACAGAAAUCCAGCUGACGUUGAUGCCUUAGAAAGAUUCAGCUCCCCAAGUGAUAAAUAUUUGCCUCAGGCAAUUUUAAUCAUGGAAAGGGCUCUGGAAAAGCAUGGCCACUAUGAAAAUUUUGAGGAGAAGACAGGUGGAAAGAUUUUAAAUAGACCUGAGAUUGUGUCGAUCAUCAAACGCUAUCUUCGACAAGAGGACCUGGAAGAUGAGAUUCGAUUGAAUCUUUCUGAAGAUUUACUCUCGAGGGCUUCCAUGACAAAGGGCAGAGGCAAAGCUACACUCAAUGUCCGUAUUGUCAACUUAAGGGAAUUCUGGGUAGAAGGACUCCUCCGACAUGAAAUUGGUACCCACUAUUUACGCAGCUGUAACAACAAGCAUCAGAUCUGGUUCAACUGGAAAAAGCGGAAGGAGUUAAGUUUGAAACACUUCAACCCCACUGAGGAAGGACUAGCAUCUCUUCACAGCGUUCUCCUGAGGAAAGACCCAUGCCUCUGGAGGUCAGCACUUCUCUACUACACAGCAUACAAGGCUGCCUAUCUUUCAUUCAAAGAUCUAUUUCGAGACUUGGGUAAAUUUGUGAGUGAUGCCCAGGUAAGAUGGGAUUACUGUAUGCGGGCUAAGAGAGGCCAAGGAGACACGUCAGUUCCAGGAGGGUUUUGCAAGGACCAGGUUUAUCUGGAUGGAGCCUUAGAACUUCUUAAACACAGAAAUUCAAUAGAUUUCCAGUUACUUCUCUCAUUAGGAAAAAUUGCAUACCAGGAUGUUGAUAGACUGAAGGAACUGGCUGAUUUGGGAAAUACCAGGAUCCCAGGCUUUAUGAGGGACUAUGACAAUUACAAAAGGUGUUUGGACAGAGUGGCAACAGUAAAUGGAUUAACCGAGGAGGUCUUAGCUGGCGUGUGAUGCUAGCUCAAAAACCAAGGACCAAGGUGUGAAUCUGACUUGAUGUUACCGCAAGGACAUCAAAAUUGUGUUUCAGAUAAAAGCAUAAUUAAGGACCAUGGUAAUCAGGUUUGCUUCCUGCAUAAGGACGACAUAAUCAGGGGGUGUUUGAUAUCAGCACAAGGACCAUGGUGUACAACUGGUCUCAUGCCAACACAAGGACAUCAGAAUUAGGUGGUGUUUGAUAUCAGCACAAUUCCAUGUCAACAAAGGGACCAUGAUGUAAAACUGAUUUCAUGACAAGGACAAGAGAACAAGGCCUGUUUGAUAUCAGCACAAGGACCAUGGUGUAAAACUGGUCUCAUGCCAACACAAGGACAUCACAAUUAGGUUGUGUUUGAUUUCAACAAAUGGACCAUGGUGUAAAACUGAUUUGAUGACAGCACAUUGAGAACAGAAUUAGCCCGUGUUUGAUAUCACCAAUAGACCAUGAUGAAGAUCACGGUGUAAAUCAGAUUUGACGCCAGCAUAAGGACAACAGAAUAAAGCUGUGUUUGAUAUCAGCAAAAGGACCAUGGUAUAAAUCUGUUCUGAUGCCAACACAAGGACAUCAGAAUUAGGUUUUGUUUGAUAUCAGCAUGUUUAAGGACCAUGGUGUAAAUCAGAUUUGAUAACAGCACAAUUAAGGACAAGAUAAGGCUGUUUGAUAUAAGCACAAGGAUAAUGCUCCAAACCUGACUUGAUGUCCGCACAAGGACAACAGAGUUAGGUUGUGUUUGAUAUCAACACUAGAACUAUUGUGUAAAUCUAAUGUUAUGCCGGCAUAAAGAGAACAGAAUUAAGUUGAGGUGUGGUUGAUAUCAGCACAAAGACAUUGGGGGUAAAUCAGAUUUCAUGCCAGCGCGGGGACAACGUAAUUACGCUGUGUUUGAUAUCAGCAUAAAGACCAUGGUGUAAAAACUGAUUUGAUGUCAGCACAAGGACCACAGAAUAAAACUGUCUGUUAUCAGCACGAAGGGCAUGGUGUAAAAUUCAUAAGCAGACGUAGUGUUAUCAA